AGCUUCAGUUCAACGGCCCCUCCCAGGUCCAACCGCUCGCUGGCCGCUGCCUCCACUCCACUCGCAGUCGCAGGUCGCAUCGCGGAGAGACGCAGACGCUUGCGUUGCUCCUCCCCAGUCCUCCCCGAUCGGCGACAUUUCCAGCAAUCUGGUCGUUGCUCACGCAUUUCCUGCCCACCUCCCUCCCCUGCAAGCUGCGCGCAAACGCCCCGCGUCUCGGACUCUCGGGUUCUACCUGAGGAAUGAUCGUGGAGUUUCCUUGAGAAAAGGAAUAAGUGUGCAAGAAUGGCCUCGAGGGCUAUCAUCAGGAGGAGGAAUUACAUUUUGCAGCAUACUAGUGCACCUAUUUUAUUACCUUCAUCCACUAGUACAAUCGGGCAAGGAAAAUUUGGAUGUGAGGUUGAGCAGAGAUCUGUAUGUUUGUUUUCAGAGGAAAAUUCAGCAGAUUAUAAUCAUGCUAAUGCGCAGUAUACUUUAAGUAAGCGAAAUCUGUAUGUCCUCAGUAGUGGUUUCACGUGGCGUCCAACUUGUGUGGUCUCUCUGCCCACUUAUGGUUCUGGACCACAGAAUUCUGGAUUCCCCUUGGGAGCCAGGUGUUUCCUACAGUCAGUCCGCACCUCAUCAAACACAACUGGGCAGCCUGAAGUUAAUAUCGCAGGCAAGCAGAGUGAGGAUGAGAAGCACAAGCAACAAAAAAAGGAGGCAUCCCCAGAAGAAUGUGAUCAGGCAGUGGAAGGAUUAAGCACUGCAAAAGCAAAAGCAAAAGGUAAGCUGGUGCAGGAAGUGCAAAAGACUGACCAAUCAAUCAUACAGAAAUUCCGGGCAAGGCUUCUGGGUAUUGGUCCUGCUUUGCGACUUAUUGCUUCAAUGAGCAGAGCUGAUUGGGCUGCAAAGUUGAAGCAUUGGAAGCAUGAAUUUGUUUCUACACUGCAGCAUUAUUGGUUAGGCACUAAGCUACUCUGGGCGGAUGUGAGAAUUUCAUCAAGACUAUUGGUGAAACUUGCUGGUGGAAAAGGCCUUACAAGAAGAGAGAGGCAGCAGCUCACACGUACAACAGCAGAUAUGUUCAGGCUAGUACCUUUUGCCGUGUUUAUUAUUGUUCCGUUCAUGGAAUUCUUGCUUCCAGUAUUCCUCAAGUUGUUCCCAAACAUGUUGCCAUCCACUUUCCAGGACAAGAUGAAAGAAGAGGAGGCAUUAAAAAGAAAACUGAAAGCAAGGAUGGAAUAUGCGAAGUUUUUACAAGACACCGCAAAAGAAAUGGCAAAGGAAGUUCAAACAUCACGUAGUGGAGAAAUGAAACAGACUGCUGAAGAUCUGGAUGAGUUCUUGAAUAAGGUUAGGAAAGGUGGUCAUGCCUCUAAUGAAGAAAUUUUGAGCUUUGCAAAGCUAUUUAAUGACGAGCUGACCUUGGAUAACAUGAGCAGACCACGGCUGGUAAAUAUGUGCAAAUACAUGGGGAUCCAACCUUUUGGCACGGACCACUACUUGAGAUUCAUGCUUCGGAAGAAAUUACAAGACAUUAAGAAUGAUGAUAAGAUGAUUCAAGUUGAGGGUGUGGAGACUCUUUCUGAACAUGAGCUUCGGCAAGCAUGUCGUGAACGUGGUCACCUUGAUUUGUUGUCAACAGAGGAGAUGUGCCAACAGCUCCGAGACUGGUUGGAUCUAUCGCUCAAUCAUUCUGUGCCAUCUUCUCUUCUAAUACUCUCAAGAGCUUUUACUGUGUCUGGGAAAAUGAAACCCGAGGAGGCUGUUGUAGCAACCUUAUCUUCUCUGCCAGACGAAGUUGUCGAUACAGUUGGGACUGUACUGCCUUCUGAAGAUUCUGUUUCGGAGAGGAAGAGAAAAUUGGAAUUUCUGGAGAUGCAGGAAGAACUUAUCAAGGAAGAGGAGAAAAAACAAGAGAAAGAAAAGAAGGCAAAACUCGAGGAGUCAAAGGCUACUGAAGAAGAUUUGGCUCUGAAGGAAAUGACUGAGCCUACUGUUAUGGAGGAAGAGGAACUAAAGAAAGUGAAAAAAUAUGAUAAGAAAGCGCAGCUUUGCAGUAUCAGUCAAGCAUUGGCUGUGCUUGCAUCUGCUUCUUCCGUUACCAAGGAGCGCCAAGAGUUUUUAAGCCUUGUCAACAAGGAGAUAGAACUGUAUAACACCAUGCUUGAAAAGGAGGGUACGGAGGGUGAAGAAGAAGCCAAGAGGGCAUACAGGGCUGCUCGGGAGGAAUCAGACCAUGCUGCGGAGGCAGCUGUGGGAGAGAAGGUCUCUUCAGCAUUGAUAGAUAGGGUUGAUGCUAUGCUUCAAAAAUUAGAAAAGGAGAUUGAUGAUGUUGAUGCUCAAAUUGGCAAUCGCUGGCAGCUGCUGGAUAGGGACCGUGAUGGCAAAGUGACUCCUGAAGAGGUAGCUGCAGCAGCAAAUUAUCUCAAAGACACCAUAGGAACGGAAGGUGUCCAAGAGCUUAUCAGCAAUCUUUCUAAAGACCAUGAAGGGAAGAUCCUUGUGGAAGACAUUGUGAAGCUGGCAUCACAAACAGAGGAAAACAAUAAACAUGAAGAAGCGGCACGAUGAUUGGAAUAUCUGGCACAUUCUUGGUUGUUAAAACUCUGGCGGUCCAUUCUUUCUCGAGGGAAUGUCCCGCGUAACCCAGUUUGCUCAUGGCAGUGUCAUGCGUAAAUCAAAAUGCAGGACGGUCAUUCUUUUUGUUCCAACUAGCUGCUGCGGUGAAAGUUGUAUCCGGUAGCAUAGCUUGCUGUUAAAGAUAUUACAUUCAUACAGUUAGGCCCCAUGCUGCUGAUCAUUAGGUUAGGUGAAGGAAUUCCUUAGGUGAAUGGCAACUGAAAUUUCGAACGGUUGCCAUGGAAAUGGAAAUAAGUUUGCCGGCCCGGGUGGUACAAUCGUUCAUCCAUAAUCUGAAUAAAAGUAUAGUAUUAAAUAAGCAUCUGCCUUAUUCUCAUGCUAUUUGAAUGAGAAUGAGUUAGAUUUGCUGUUUCAUUU